AUGGCAGAUAAGGAGGCUACAGUCUACAUUGUCGAUGUGGGCAAAUCCAUGGGGGAGCGUCGACAUGGUCGUUCCGUCACGGAUCUUGAGUGGGCCAUGAAGUACGUCUGGGACAGAAUCACGGCUACAGUUGCAACUGGUCGUAAAACUGCUACGAUCGGGGUGGUCGCAUUGCGGUCAGACGAGACCUCGAAUGAGCUCCGAGAGGAUACCAGCUUUUCAAAAAUUUCUGUUCUCCGAAAUCUCGGGCAAUUCCUCAUGGCUGACAUCCGACAACUGCGAGAAGCAAUCAAACCAAGUCAAACGAACAAAGGCGAUGCUGUCUCUUCCGUUGUCGUUGCCAUUCAAAUGAUCAACACCUAUACCAAAAAGCUCAAGUACAAGCGAAGGAUUGUCCUGGUUACUAAUGGCACUGGACACAUGAACAACGAGGGACUGGACGAGAUCCAGAGGAAGAUACAAGAUGAUGGCAUUGAGCUUGUUGUUCUUGGUGCUGAUUUCGACGACCCGGAGUUUGGCGUGAAGGAAGAGGAUAAAGACCUCCAUAAGGCUGAGAACGAGACGCUACUCCAGGUUCUCGCUGAAGGCUGCGGAGGUGUUUUCGGCACACUUGAGCAAGCUAUCUCCGAGUUGGAAAUUCCCCGUAUCAAGAUCACGAAGAGCAUGCCUUCCUUCAAAGGUUUUCUCUCUCUCGGUGAUGCAUCCAAGUAUGAGACUGCUCUUCGCAUUCCCGUCGAGCGUUACUUCCGAACCUACGUUGCCAAACCACCUUCAGCAAGCUCCUUUGCCCUGCGUUCUGGUGGACAGGAAGAAAACGAAGCAGGCGCAGGCCAGUCAACAAGUGGUGGUGAAGCUCUUACUACUAUCCGCACGUCCCGGACAUAUCAAAUCAACGAUGAGUCCGCGCCCGGAGGCAAAGUCGACGUUGAGCGCGAUGAUCUUGCAAAGGGAUACGAGUACGGACGAACGGCUGUGCACAUCAGCCAAACGGAUGAGAAUAUCACCACUCUGGAGACUUUUGCGGGCAUGGAAAUUAUUGGAUUCGUUCAAAUGAACAAGUAUGAUCGAUACCUACACAUGUCCAAUACCAAUGUCAUCAUCCCACAGAAGGCCAACGACAAAGCAUCGCUUGCAUUGUCAUCUCUUAUCCACGCACUCUGGGAACAAGAAACCUAUGCUGUUGCCCGGCUGGUGGCCAAAGAGGCUAAGCCUCCAAUAAUCGUGCUCCUCGCUCCAUCUAUCGAGCCAGAUUACGAGUGUCUCAUUGAGAUCGCCCUUCCAUUUGCCGAAGAUGUCCGCUCAUACCGGUUUCCACCUCUGGACAAAGUUGUGACCGUCUCAGGAAAGAUUGUCACUGAGCACCGCAAUCUACCAACUGAAGACUUGCAGCAGGCGAUGAAUGAUUAUGUCGACAGCAUGGAACUGGACGGAGAAGAGCUGCCCAUUGACGAUUCGUAUUCUCCGCUGCUUCAUCGAAUUGAUACGGCAGUGCGGUACCGCGCUGUCUAUCCCAAUGAGCCGAUCCUUGAACCUUCGGAACAACUCACCAAGUUCGCGCACCCGGACAAGGAAUUGGUGCGGGAAGCGAAAGAUUCCCUAGAGAAACUCAUGUCCACAGCAAACGUCAAGAAAGUCCCACCCAAGACCAAAGGCCGCAAGCGCCUGCGUGAGACCGAAAAACCCCUCUCCGGCCUCGACGUGGACGCCCUCCUCAAACAAGAACCCAAGCGCACCAAGAUCUCCGCGGAGAACGCCAUUCCUGAGUUCAAACAGAUGCUCUCGCGUGCCGACAGCAUUGAGAUCAUCCAUGACGCUGUCAAGCAAAUGACCAGCAUUAUCGAGACCCAGAUCAAGCACAGCCUUGGUGACGCGAACUAUGAUCGUGUUGUCGAGGGGCUGGGAACUAUGCGUGAGGAGCUCGUGGACUUUGAAGAACCAACGCUUUACAAUGACUAUUUGGCCGCGUUGAAGGGGAAGAUUCUCGGUGACGAGCUGGGUGGUGAUCGAAAUGAGCUGUGGUGGCUGAUCAGGAAGAGUAAGCUGGGACUUAUUGAUCAGGCUACGUCCGAGGUGUCGAAGGUUACGGAGGACGAGGCAAAAGAGUUCUUCUCAGCCUCCUGA